UGACUUAUCUACCGAGCUGCCAUGAAUGACUCCAGCCAACAAGAGAACAGCUGUCUAGGCAAUGAAUAACUAAAACUGAUCCAUAAGAGCUGUAGCAGCAGCAGCCAUGCGGCGACGACGACGACGUCAGCAGCAGCGGCAGUAAACAAUUAGUGUCAGUUAGACCGUCAGCCAGCCAAGCAGCCUGCCAGCCCAGCCAUCAGAAGAAGUGUCUGUUGGUUCGUUCAUUCAUUCAUUCAUCUUUUCUUCUCCCCCAAACAACAAAAUUCGGAUAUUUCGUUUUUCUUGUUUUUGUUUUCAAUUGAAUUUAAUUUUAAAGUGGAGUAGAGUGGAGUGGAGACUUUCCCAGCACCAUCCUCAAUGGCGGCGGCCACGAAGUUCUUCUUCUUUUCAGUGUUGACAAUGCGUUCAGCCCCAGUUCAAUCAGUACAUUUCCGUCUAUCGUUGCAGUGAGAACACGUACACAUCGAACAGAGAAUUGAGAAUCCGCAGAUGGAGUGAACCCCCAGACUGCAUUUGAAUAAAAUUCUCAUUAGAGAUGGGAUUUUUUUUUUUGAUUCCUAAAAUCAGAUUUAAAAUUCACUGUCGGUUGUGCGCGGUUGAAUGAAAAAAGUAUGCGCUUAUUUUGAAAAUUUUGUAAAAAAAAACGAAUAUGUGAAUAACAUGCUAAUGGAUAUUUUAAACAAAUUUGCAAAUCUGCGCCAUAAAAUUUAAUUAGCAAAAAAAAAAAUAUUUUUCAAAUUCAGUGAAAUAAACAACGACAUAUUUGAGUCUGAACAAAAUUUAAAUGUGGAUUUCAAAAAAAAAAAAAAAAAAUAAAUAAAAAAAAAAACAAAAAUAAUUGAAUUCUUGGAAAAAAAUAAAAAAAAUAAUUGAAUUGAAAUGAAAUUGAAAAAAUAUAUUUGAUGCUGAACAAAAUUUAAAUCUGGAUUUAAAAAAUAAAAAAAAAAUAAAAAUUAUUGAAUUCUUGGAAAAAAAAUAAAUUGAAUUGAAAUUGAAAUUGAAAAAAAAAAAAUAUUUAAAAUAAAACGAACACUUACUCUCCCCUAAAAAAACAAUAAUAACCCUUUUAUGUGUUUUCAAAAAAUUAAAAAAUAAACUAAAUAAAAUAAUAAUAAAAAAAAUUCUCUUGAAUGAGAUUGACAAGAAGUAGAAACAUCACGUACAUACAAAUAUUAAUUAACUAAAUUGCCCUCAGUGUUGUUGUAAUCCGUGUAAUUUAUAUUUUACAUGUCAGUUAAUGCAUUAUUAAUCGAUUUAUAAUAAUAGAAGUGAAUUCUAUGAAAUUGUGUGUGUGUAUGUAUGUGGUUACAUUGAAGAUUGUGGGUAUGAUUGUUAAAUGGUGAUUCCCCCGUCUAUUUUCAAUUAAAUCGUCGUUGGAGAUCUUCGCAGUAAUGACCAGAGGCACUUGGAUUAACUAACUUGAAACAAUUUUAAAUAAUUGAAAUAAAAGGGAUUAUUAAUUUAUUGGAAAUAUUUUGGAUAUUUAUUUGAACACAAGAAAAAAUGUCUUACACAAACACCGCCCCACCCUCAGAGUCGUCUGAGGGCACCAAUUCUUCAGAUAACAACGAAAUGUUACUUACGAACCCCGAAUGGACGCACGAAACACAAAAUGACGACAUAAACGCCGCAAUGAGUACCAUAUAUGCCGAAGGCGCGGCAUAUUCCUCGGAUACGAAUAGCAUCGAUAUGAUCAAUCACAACAUACUCUCCGAUUAUGAAAUCGAACAGGUGGAAUGUUUUUUUGCCGGGUUGGGUACGGAGAUUUUUGUGAGCUCGGCUCUGGCAAAUCUUUACGAAGGCAGGGGCCAAGAAAACGAUUGGCAAUUGAAAUAUACGGGGAUCCCAGUGAUUCUCUACGACAAAGGUAGUACCCGCACACGUACCAUUAAACGCAUCACCUUGGUGUUGGCCGAGAGGGGUUCCUGUUUUGCUUUGUGGUCCGAUCGUGUUAGUAAUUUAUCAAAUUAUCAAGUUGCGGGUCCUUCGUUUCACACAAUGACGUUGUCGAGUAAUCCGGAACAGAUGAUAGGUUUUAGCUAUGAUACAGCCGGAGCGGCUGCUGAGAUAUGGUUACAUUUGGAACGAUUGUUAAGCGAUCCGGAAAAUAAUCUACGAACGUUGCCAAGAGAUAAGGAACGAUCGAAACGCGUGAGGCAAGUGCCGUUGCCGCCGAAAGCUCAAAUCUCCCAGCCAUGUCAAUUUCAUCAUGUCACAAGUGUCACCAAGGAUGAUGGAGAUCGUUACUAUAGUCUGCAGGCAUUUGUGGCCUCUAUGACUCAGCGAUGAGGGAGAGAGAGUAGUGUAUUUAAGAUAAAUUGGGAUUUAAAUUUUGUAAAUCAAUUGAAAUAUAAUAUUCAUGUUAAUUAAUCUAUAAUUGAAUAAUUACGUCACAAUGCAGGUGUCAUUGUGUGUAGAGAUAAUUGCAAAUUAAUUAACUGCUGUGAUAAGUAAUAAUACAAAAAUGUAUUUUUCUGGCAGAAUGUAAUAUCAAUUAAUUAUUUUGUAAUAUUUUUGUUUUAUGUCAUUAAUUUUUGGUUUAUUUUUUUUUUAAAUUCCGAAAAAUUUAUAUGUUACUAAAACGAAUAUUUUAAAAAAUUAUUUUAAAACAUAUGACUCGUGGAGUGCCUUUAUUAUUAUUUUAAAAUUGUUUAUAUUUAUAUAUGUGUAUUAUUAAUAAGACCUAGUGUUAGUAACAAACAAUAUAGACAUGAAAUAACAUUAAAAAUUAAAUUUUUAAAGACGAAAAAAUUAAAUUUAAAAAAAUUAAAAAACUUUACCUCAUAUCUCAAAUAAAAACUAAUACAGAAUCUGGCAUAUAUUUUUGGUUUUGGACACAAAUUGUUUUUUUUUUUAAUUAUU